AUGAAGCUUUUUUGGCUAGUGGUGUUGACGAUCUGCCUAGCGGUUUUGUAUUCAAUUUUUUCACUUAUUUAUAUGAAGACAUUUUUCGGGGCAACGUGAAAUUAAUGCUUCAGAAAAAAACUUGAAAUAUUAGUAUCGAAAAUCUCAGAGAUCGUGUUUUUAAAUAAAUGAAAUAUUCACAACUGAAGGAUUAAAUUUUGAAUUGGCGCCAAAAACGCGUCGCACUCAUCUAAACGUGUCCAAGUUUGUACCAAGAAAUUUAUGAUUUGAUUGAUUUUUAUCAAGAACCUCUUGACCUCUUGAAACUUUGAAAAUAGGUUAAAAUACCUUUUCUCAAGAAAGCAGUGAAUGAACUUCACUACUUCCAAUAUCCCUUUUUUCAGGAUUUCUCUCUCCAAAUACGUUCUGUUCUUGAAACCAAAGAAGUGAGCAAAAUUUUUUUCAAUUCUGAAUUAUUUUUUGAUAUUGAGGGCGUGGUACAUUCAGCACGUCAAGAUAGAAACUUGAAAUCUGCUUCUUCGACCCUUGUGAGCCUUUUUUUUUGUUUCUUACUUUGUUUGACAAGGAUGGUCAUUUAAUGGGAUUUUCAUGGAAUUGGCCAGGAUAUUCCUUGAGGUACCAAAAAAAGAUCCUGAAAGUUUUAACCUGCACAAGGUCCAAGUUUUUGAGAAAUAACGCCUCGAAAUCCGUCAAAAUAGGCCAAUUUGGGACUUUCUGUCCUCAUUUCUCAAAAACCCGGGAUUUCAGCAGGCUAAAACUUUCAGGAUAGUCUUCUGGUCCAUCAAAGUUCGGCCAAUUUUCAAGAAAUUCCCAAAGUUAAAUGACCUCCUUGUGAGCACCGAAAGUUAGAAAAUUGGAUUUUUCAGAUUGUCGGAGUGGGAUAUCUCUUACUUCCUUUCGUCAAUAUUUUUUUAACACCGUUCUCUUGA